CUCUGAGUUGACUUAUCAACGUCAAUCGAUUACCAAUCGAUGUUCUCAAAACGAUCCAGGAUCCAUCCAUUAGUUCCUCGAUUUCAUUCACUAAAUUUCCUAUCCAUGCAACACAGUAAUAAAAUUCAUUUUAGAUUUCAGAAAGGUUACGAGAGGGAAAGUAGCCCUUAAUUACUAUCUACGGCCCACCCGCUUAUUGUAUAGUACAGAUAUUCAGGAUGACUACAGAAUCAGAAGAAAACUCACUAAGGUUAAGAAGAGCGCAGAGUGUAACAAAAGCUGAAGAAAUUACUGAAAAGGAAAAUAAAGCUCGCAAAUUGCAGUUUGAUAAACCAUUACACAAACCCAGAGACUCGCUAUUUUCAUGGAGUUCAGAGUUUGCAGACUUUACUGGCUUAGUCAACUGGGGUUUUCUUAUGCUCAGUAUAGGUGGCGUUCGCUUGUUCCUGGAAAAUAUAUUAAAGUAUGGUAUACGUGUAAACCCAUUGGAGUGGAUUAUAGUUUUGAUGGGUUAUAGUGAAGGCAAUACACAUCAAUACCCUUCUAUCAUACUUUUAAUUUUCAGCGUCGUACCAGCUGUAACUAGUUUACUUAUUGAAAAGGCCAUUGCAGUUGAUAUACUACCUGAAAAAAUUGGUAUUGGUUUACAACUAUCCAACAUAUUAUUUGUGCUCAUUUUACCUGUAGUUGUCCUGCAUUACAAAGGCCCAGACUUUAGUUUUGUGGGAAUUUCAACAGUAUGCAUGAUUUAUCUUGUAAUUUUUCUAAAACUAUGGAGUUACAUUCAAACAAAUUAUUGGUGUCGCAAAGGGAUGAAGGGUAAAAUGAUGAAAAAUAAAUUAAGGAGACAGAGUUUGUCAGCUCCUAAUUGGAACAAGUUAAUGCAAGCUGAACAUGAGCAGAGUUUCGAUGAGGACAAGAAUGAAGCUAUUGCGGCCGCGCGCCUGGUCAAGUACCCGGAUAACUUGAAUUUGAAAGACUUGUUUUAUUUCCUGUUGGCCCCCACGCUCUGCUAUGAGUUGAAUUUCCCACGCACGACACGAAUCAGGAAGCGAUUUUUGGUUAAGCGUUUGUUGGAGGUAGUUUUCGGCAUAAACCUUGUAUUGGCAUUGUUCCAACAAUGGAUGAUCCCAUCAGUCAUCAAUACCGUAGAUUCUUUUUCGGAUAUGGACCCAGUGAAGAUCACAGAGCGACUGCUCAAGCUUUCGGUACCCAAUCACUUGAUAUGGCUCUGCUUCUUCUACCUGAGUUUCCAUUCGUUCCUGAACCUGAUGGGCGAACUACUGCACUUCGCCGACCGCAAGUUCUACUCUGACUGGUGGAAUGCGAACAAUAUCUCCGUGUUCUGGAGCACGUGGAACAUGCCCGUGCACAUGUGGGCCGUUAGACACGUGUACAUACCGAUCACUGAGAUGGGAUACAGUAAAGUCCACGCCAGCGCUGUGGUUUUCUUCAUAUCCGCGUUCUUCCAUGAAUAUUUGGUGAGUAAAGAAUGUUAUGAUCUGCCUGUUGUCUUUGCUGUUUACAGCACAGGUUAUAGGGAUAACUGAGCUUAUAUCACUGCGUGAGAACAUUGCGGAUAGGUUGGUAUUAACAACCGCUAAUGCCCGGGCUACAAGAGGAUAGUUUUUCAAGCUAGGAUAGAUAGUUCUCUACUAAACGGACCUGGCUUGCUGAUCUGGCUUGGAACAGAGUUGACCACACCUCCAAAAUGAACUGCAUGAGAAUAAAAAACACAAUUCGACUGAAACAGUUACUUCGAAAACUGUGCCAAUUUGAGCUAGACGAAUGAAAAUUAUUUAAAAACGGGUGUGGACAAAACCGUGGUGCCAUCAGGUCUCGGCUUUCCCAGGUAGACGAUGUUAAUACAUACUAGACCAAAAGAACCACCGUUGUGUAUAAUAUAUAUUGUAAUAAACAUAAAUAUUUGUAUUGUGGUGCUGAAUUUUAUUAAAAGGACCCUAUGAGAAAUUUAUAUAACAGCUGUUAGAAAAAAAUGAAUCGCGUGGUUCCUGCGUACUAUCCAACUGAAUACUAGCCUAAAAAUAGAAAUUCAUCCUAUUAAAAACUGUCUUUACUGUCUAACUGUCUUGUCUUAGAAAUCAAGCUAGUUUUGUCUACUCGAAGCCAGAAGUACUAGCUUGUUAGCUUACUGUUACUAGCUUGCUAUUCUAGCUUGAGAAACUAGAGUUUUUGCACAUUAUGAAAGACGGAAUAGGCUUCAUCAAUAGCUGGUGGAAAGUGUUUUUCAUUGUGUCAUUGAACUCCUCGACAUCCUCCUAUUCGAUAUUGAAAUAUCUGUAAAUAAAAGGUCCUAUUUUAGUUCUGGGAAAUCAAGACAGAAGGGAAAAUCGUUACAAAAACUGGUUGGCAACCAGUUUAGAGUAAUGACUAUAAUAAAACCCAAUGCACCAUUAAAAGAAAUAUUAAAAUCCUCCCGAUUUUUGUGUAGAGAUUUUACUGUAAAUGAUUAUGUGUGUGGUGGUGUUGGGAAAAUAAAAAAUAACACUUGAAAUAUUCUACAUUUAAACGUGCAAAGUAUUAAAGCAAAAACAGAUCAAUUGGAAAUCUCGACAAAUGAAAAGAUGCACACAGAAAACAACACACAUGCACACAUGUGUGUUGUUUUAGUGAGACAUUUUUAAAGGAGCACGAAGUUGAUAUUUUUAAACUGAAUGGUUUUAAGAAAGCAGCACAGUUUUGUAGGAAUCGUAAGAAACGAGGUGGUGUUGCAAUUUUUGUAGGGAACACUGUCGACUACCGUGAACUGCAGUUUAUCUCAGAUAUGUCCAUUGAAGGUCAUUUUGAAUUUUGUGGUAUUGUACUAAGUGGAAUUAAUCAUUUAAGAGUAUGUGUUUAUAGAACUCCUAAUGGUUGCUUUGAUACUUUUAUAACUAAUAUGGAAAAUCUGCUGCAUAAAGUUAUUAUUAGAACCAGAUCUACUUUCAAUAAGGUACAUGUUUUGGGUGACUUUAAUGUCAAUAUUCUCCAAGUCAACAAUAGAAGUGAUUUUUUUUUAAUAUGUUCAGAACUUAUAAUUUAUGUCCGACAAUAAAUGUACCUACUAGGCUUACCCUUCAUUCCCAAACAUGCAUCGAUAAUAUAUUCUCAAAUAUCAAACAAUACAAUACAGAGGUCUUAGACCUAGGAGUAUCAGAUCACACAUGCCAAAUAAUAUCAAUUUCAGUCACAAUUAAUUACAAUCUUUAUAUUUUGGUUUAUAUACAGAAGGAAUAAUAAUAAAUUUAUGGAAUUUUUACAAAUUAUGUGUCCCAAAUCAAUUUUUCAGACGUCUAUAAUCAAACUGACGUCAACAGCGCUUAUAAUAAAUUUAUUGACAUAUUUCGACUUUUGUAUGACCUCUGUGUGCCCAUUGAAAAAAAGAAAAUAACUUGUAGACAAUCUCAACAUUGGAAAACCAAAGGAAUUAAGACGGCUAGUAAACAAAAAAGAUAUCUGUACCUUCUUUCUAAAAGAAGCACGUGUAAUAACAUUAAAAAUAGCUAUAAAAGAUAUUGCAAAAUUUUUAAAAAAUGUGACAAAACAAUCAAAGAAAUUAACAAACAUAAAUUACAUUCAGCAGAGUACAGAUAAAAGUAGAGCCACAUGGCGAGUGAUUAAAGUAAAUACAUCACAGACAAAUAUAUUUAAUCAAACAAUUGAUACCAUUAGGAAAGAUAAUGAAAUUAUUACUGACCCAAUUGACAUUGCCAAAAUGAUCAAUAGACAUUUUGACAUCACUAAAACCAAAUCUGACAAUACAUACAAACCUUUGACCCAAUCUAUUUCUUAUAGCAUUUUUUUGACUCCAGUAGAUACAGUUGAAAUAAUAAAAAAAAUGUAAAAGUAUUUAAAAAUAAAAAGAGAACUGACCAUGACGAAAUACAUAUGUCCAUUAUAAAGGCAAGUAUCCAACAGAUAGCAAAACCAAUGGCUUACAUUAUUAAUCUGACAAUAGAGACCGGAGUAUUUCCCGAUGGAUUGAAAAAGGGGCUAAUUAAACCUCUGUACAAAAAUGGCUCCAAAUCUAAAAUUAAUAACUAUAGACCUAUUGCAGUGUUAUCCAACUUUUCUAAAUUGUUUGAAAAGAUUAUUUUCAAUAGAAUUAGUUCCUUUUUUAAUAAACAUAAUAUUCUACAUGAAAAUCAAUAUGGGUUUCAAAAGAAUAAAAAUACCACAUUAGCUAUAUUUAGAAUGUUAAAACAGAUCCAAAUCUGGCUGUCCAAACAGCCAUUGAUAAGAAAGAUUCAUGCAUAGGUCUUUUCUUAGACUUGUCAAAAGCAUUUGACUGCGUCCAACAUGAAAUUCUACUAAAACAGUUGUAUCAUGUUGGAAUACGUGGUAAUGCUUUUAAACUGUUACAAAUCAUACCUAGAAAAUCGACAACAAGCGACAAUUAAUAAAAACUAAAUAAAUAAAAACGUUUAUUUCUGAAAAAACAAACAUUAUAUUCUGAAAUAACAUAAGAAUACAAAAGUCAUGACAAGAGUUCAGUCGGAAUUCGAACAAGUAAUAUUGGGUGUUCCACAGGGUAGUAUAUUGGCUCUUUAAUGUCUCCGCUAUAUAUUAAUGAAUUGCCACUAGUAAAAAAAUACUUAUGUGUUAUGUUUGCGGAUGAUGCCACUAUAUUCAUUCAAAAAGACAAAUUUUCAAACCUUGACGAUCAAGUACGUGAUUCUCUUAAUAUCGUGAUAAAAUGGUUGUCAACCCUAAAUCUUUAAGUGAAUCUAGAAAAGACAAAGAUUAUGCAAUUUAGGAAUUACAAAAGAAAUUACAUGAUCUUGACAUAGUUAUCAAUAAUAAAAAAACCGAGCAAGCAAAUGAGACAAAUUUUCUAGGCAUUAUAGUAUUGACCCCCAUCUUAAUUGGAAAUCACAUAUUAUUAAAAUAAAUAAUAGAUUAUCUAGUAAAUGUUACCUUGUAUCAGUAUUGACUAAUAUAACUUCCAUUGAUGUUGCUCGAAAUGCAUAUUAUGGCUAUGUAUACCCUCUUUUGACAUACGGAAUCAUAUUUUGGGGUAAUUCGGUAAAUGCUCAUUCUACAUUUAUUUUACAAAAGAGGUGUUUGCGAACUAUAUAUAAAAUUGACCCACUUGAAUCUGUAAGACCAGUAUUUAUAAAAUAUAGAUACCUAAAAUUGACUUGUAUAUAUAUAUAGGGUGAAAUUGAAUGUU